UCGGCCCUGCGCGGGCCGGCCCCGAGGUCCCAGCUGGCAGCUGGGGUGGCGGGGCUGCGGGGGCACCGUUCCUGCCCGGCCCCGCCCCAACCCAGGCCGGCCCCGGAGCUGCGUCCAGGGCUCGGCUCGCGCGGCCCCAGAGCAGCACGGUGCGCCUCGGUCGGCGGGCGGCGGUAGCGCCCCCUCUCAGAGCCCCGCUCGCUCCCGCCCGGGCUCCUUCGGAGUCGGUCUAUCGGGCCCACGGUUUCGCUUCGCUCCCUCCCCUCCCUCCUUCCUCGUGUUCCUCCCGGGGUGCCGGGCACAGCCUCGGAUUCCUCCCUCCCCGCAGCUCGAGUCCGUUUCUCUCGCAGCGGCGGCGGGCGAGGCGGCGGCGGCGGCGCGGGGAGCAUCUCGGCUGCCACUGAGCUUCUCCGGCGGGAGCGGGAGUCCAGCUUGGCUGCCCUUCGGUCCUUCCCUGCCGCUCUGGACCCCGAGACCCCCGCCCCUGGUCGCUUUUCUCCGAAGCGGGCGGGGCGCCUAGCAGCUUCCCGCCGCCCCUGCACCCGGAUCCCGGGGCCGCCGCUCUCCCGGACUCCUGCCCCUCCGACCCUGACCGCCAGGGGGUGCCCCAGGGGCGGAGCGCCGCGGAGAAGACGAGGCAAACGGGACCAUGCGGCGCCUGACUCGCCGCUUGGCGCUGCCGAUCUUCGGGGUGCUCUGGAUCACCGUGCUGCUGUUCUUCUGGGUAACCAAGAAGAAGUUGGAGGUGCCGCCGGGACCUGAAGUGCAGACCCCAAAGACUUUGGACGCUGACUGGGAAGACCAGUGGGACCAGUUUGAUGAGCGGCAGUAUCUGAAUGCCAAGAAGUGGCGCGUCGGUGACGAUCCCUAUAAGCUGUACGCUUUCAACCAGCGGGAGAGCGAGCGGAUCUCCAGCAGCCGGGCCGUCCCAGACACCCGCCAUCUGAGAUGCACCCUGCUGGUGUACUGCACGGACCUCCCUCCCACCAGCAUCAUCAUCACCUUCCACAACGAGGCCCGCUCCACCCUGCUCAGAACCAUCCGCAGUGUAUUAAACCGCACGCCGAUGAAUCUGAUCCAGGAGAUCAUAUUAGUAGAUGACUUCAGCAAUGACCCUGAGGACUGCCUGCAGCUCGUCAAGUUGCCCAAGGUGAAGUGCAUACGCAACAGCGAGCGGCAAGGUCUGGUCCGGUCCCGGAUCCGGGGCGCCAACGUUGCCAAGGGCACCACUCUGACUUUCCUGGACAGCCACUGUGAGGUGAACAGGGACUGGCUCCAGCCCCUGCUGCACAGAGUCAAAGAGGACUACACGCGGGUGGUGUGCCCGGUGAUUGAUAUCAUCAGCUUGGACAACUUCAACUACGUAGAGUCCGCCACGGAGCUCAGAGGGGGGUUUGACUGGAGCCUCCACUUCCAAUGGGAGCAACUCACCCCAGAGCAGAAGGCUCAGCGUCUGGACCCUGCUGAGCCCAUUAGAGUGUCACACGGCCCCUGGAAGCCCUGCAAGCAGUACUGGAGCCAGGACAGAGCCGGGGCUGGGGGCAUGAACGGGAGCCCUCAGCGUCAAGUGAACCAAAUCUCCUUCAGAGUGUGGAUGUGUGGUGGCAGCCUCGAGAUUGUCCCUUGCAGCCGAGUGGGCCAUGUCUUCCGCAAGAAACACCCGUAUGUUUUCCCAGAUGGAAAUGCCAACACAUAUAUAAAGAACACCAAGCGGACCGCGGAGGUCUGGAUGGACGAGUACAAGCAGUACUACUAUGCAGCCCGGCCAUUCGCCCUGGAGAGGCCCUUCGGCAACAUUGAGAGCAGACUGGACCUGAGGAAGAAUCUGCAGUGCCAGAGCUUCAAGUGGUACCUGGAGAACGUCUACCCAGAACUCAGAAUCCCCAACGAUUCCUCCAUCCAGAAGGGGAACAUCCGACAGAGGCAGAAAUGCCUAGAGUCUCAGAGGCAGAAAAACACAGAGACCUACCACCUCAGGUUAAGCCCCUGUGUCAAGAGCAAAGGCGAGGAUGGAAAAUCCCAGAUCUGGGCCUUCACAUAUACCCAGCAAAUCCUCCAGGAAGAGCUGUGCCUGUCCGUCAUCACCAUGUUCCCAGGCGCCCCAGUGGUCCUUGUCCUCUGCAAGAACGGAGAUGACAAACAGCAAUGGACCAAGACUGGUUCCCGCAUCGAGCACAUAGCAUCCCACCUCUGCCUAGACACGGACAUGUUUGGUGAUGGCUCUGAGAAUGGCAGGGAAAUAGUGGUCAACCCAUGUGAGUCGUCACUUAUGAGCCAGCACUGGGACCUGGUGAGCUCUUGAGGACCCGAGCCGGAACCAGUGGGGCUGUGGGUGACAUUUCCCCGGAUGACAAGCAGACUGGCAAUCAGGCUACGAGCAGCCCUCAGCUACUGUAGAUCCUCAGAACUGGGAGGUGAAGACGGAGCCCCCUGGGCAGGAGCAGACGUCUCAAGGAGGAUGGAGGAAGGGAUUGCAAGCCACGUGGGGCUCAGGGACAGAUCCCACGUGUUCUCCAUGCUGUUCCAGUCCGGUCUUGGCCUGGUCUGCCCCUCACUGGAAUCUGGGGAGAGAGAUCUCACAGGAAGUGUUAUGUUGUUCCCUUUCUUACAGAGGAGGCCAGAGAGAAAAGCUUUUUUUGUCACGGGGCCAGGACUGAAUUGAGAGAGAGAAAGAAUGGAGGUUGUUUUCAAAACAAAUAA